AUGGGACAGCCGAGCAGUGAUGGUAGUAAUGGAUCAGAAGGGAUAAGAAGAAGAUUCUGUGGUUGUGGGAAAGAUGAUUUUCUACCAGAGGAGUCCUUUCAGAGUUGGGAAAAUUAUACAAAAGCACUUAAGGCAACCCCGCUUCGUCUCUUCGACAGGCUCACCGCCCGAUCAGCAGAUCACACCGAGCUUGUUGAGAUGAAGGCUCGAAGCCAGCAUCAGAUGAAGAAGACCCUCACAUGGUGGGACCUCAUGUGGUUUGGCGUAGGCGCCGUCAUUGGUGCCGGUAUAUUCGUCCUCACCGGUCUCGAGACUAAGAAACAUGCUGGCCCUGCAGUCGUCUUGUCUUACAUCGUCUCUGGCAUCUCCGCCAUGCUUUCUGUCUUCUGCUACACUGAGUUUGCCGUUGAGAUUCCGGCUGCUGGUGGAUCAUUUGCCUACCUAAGGGUAGAAUUAGGGGACUUUGUGGCAUUCAUCGCUGCCGGAAAUAUUCUUCUCGAAUACAUCAUCGGAAGCGCAGCCGUAGCUCGUGCAUGGACGUCAUACUUUGCCACCCUCUGCAACCACCAUCCAAACGAUUUUCGUGUCCACAUAUCUGCUUUCCCUGACGACUACAACCAACUCGAUCCCAUCGCCAUUGUCAUUAUCCUCAUCAUCGGCACCUUCGCUCUAGUGAGCACCAAAGGCUCCUCCCGCCUCAACUAUGUUGCCUCCAUUUUGCACGUUGUUGUCAUCGUCUUCAUCAUCAUUGCUGGGCUAACUCAAGCAAACCCAAAAAACUUCACUCCCUUUGCCCCCUAUGGCCCUCGUGGCAUCUUCGAGGCUUCCGCCGUCUUGUUCUUUGCAUACGUCGGGUUCGAUGCGGUGUCGACAUUGGCAGAAGAGACUAAGAACCCAGCUAAAGAUAUCCCCAUAGGACUUGUUGGAUCCAUGGUGAUCACCACCUUUCUAUAUUGCAUUCUUGCUGUUACGCUUUGCCUCAUGCAACCGUACCAAAAAAUUGAUGCAGAUGCACCGUUUUCUAUGGCUUUCGAGGCUGUCGGUUGGAGUUGGGCUAAGUACAUUGUCGCUGCUGGUGCUAUUAAAGGCAUGACAACUGUGUUGUUGGUCGGUUCUGUUGGUCAAGCUCGGUAUCUCACACACAUUGCUAGAACCCACAUGGUGUCUCCAUGGUUUGCCAAAGUCCAUGAGAAAACUGGAACUCCUGUAAACGCAACAGCAGCAAUGCUCGCUGCAACAGCGACAGUCGCUUUCUUCACAUCAAUGAAUAUUCUCUCAAACCUUCUCUCAAUCUCCACCCUCUUCAUCUUCAUGUUAGUAGCCAUAGGCCUUAUCAUCCGACGCUACUACAGCAGCGGCGAAACCACAACGUCAGACCGAAACAAGCUCUUAAUAUACCUAGUUUUGAUAAUCGGAUCUUCAUUAGCAACCGCCGCAUAUUGGAGCACAAGCGACAAUUGGAUCGGCUUUGCCGUGACCCUACCAAUAUGGUUCUUAUCAACUCUAGCUCUAUGGCUCGGCGUCCCACAGGCAAAGAAGCCGCAAGUGUGGGGCGUGCCAUUGGUCCCAUGGUUACCUUCAUUGUCCAUUGCCAUUAACUUUUUCCUUCUUGGGUCCAUUGAUAGAGCUUCAUUUGAAAGGUUUGGGAUAUGGACUGGGAUUCUCUUGAUUUACUAUUUCUUAUUUGGAUUGCAUGCUUCUUAUGACACUGCCAUGGCCUCCAAGACCAAAACAGCAGAAACUAAUGACAGUGUGUGAAAUAAUGGAAUUGGAAGAAGAAGAAGAAGAAGAAAAUUUAUUAGUUGUUCGUUUAAUUAAUAGCUAUGAGAAGAUUUAUGUUCUUAAUUGUACUUUAUGUGUAUUUUAAUUUGUUGUAUGGUGUAAUGCAAUAUGAAUCUUUUUUUUUUUUUUCUUUUUUUUUUUUCUCAUUUAUCCACCAACCUCUAAUAUGGAUUUAAGAAUGUUACAAAUACAAAUAUGAAUAGUAGUUUAGACCGACGAUUUAUUAAAAUCCGAAAUCUUCUCCUUUUUCACUUUAACUCCGUUCGAUUUCAUUGCAUACUCUCCGGCUUCCAUGUGAGUUAUGAUCUUCUUCUUCUUCACAACCCUAAUUCCUUAACCAUUCCCUUCACUAAUGGAAGAUUCCGAGGGCGUUCUCAGUUUCGAUUUCGAGGGCGGCCUCGAUGCCGGCCCCACGAACCCCGCCGCCACCUCCUCCUUACCUCUCAUCAAUUCCGACUCUUCUGCCCCACCCGCUGCCUCUGCCGUCUCCAACUCCCUCUCCGGUGCCCUCGGUCCUGCGGUUUCAGCUGAACCUCCUGGCGCCCCACCUGGUAACGUCGGCAACCGGAGGAGCUUCCGGCAAACGGUCUGCAGGCAUUGGCUCCGUAGUUUGUGUAUGAAGGGUGAUGCUUGUGGCUUCCUUCAUCAGUAUGAUAAGUCUCGGAUGCCCAUUUGCCGAUUCUUCCGUCUUUAUGGCGAGUGCCGUGAGCAGGAUUGUGUCUAUAAACAUACCAACGAAGAUAUCAAGGAGUGUAAUAUGUAAGUUUUGAGAAUUGGAAUUUGGAAUCCAAUUGGUUAGUUGUUCGUCAGAUUUGCGUUUGUUUAAUUUCUUUGUAUUUUUCUUUUCAUCGGAGGUGAUCAAUGUCUGCUUUCAGCAUUUAUGCCUUUCUUUAUCUCUAGUUGUUGAAUUUUUUUAGUAUCAUAUGCAGUUCAUCGAUUUCAGACUGG